AUGGCUAACGAGUGCUUGUUGAUUAAAUGGUGGUGGAGGUUUGGAGCUGAAUCAAAUACUUUGUGGAAAAGAGUUUUGUGUAGCAGGUAUGGGUCAGUGGGUGGAAAUUGGUUGCCUAGUACUUCCUUCUCUGGUUCCUACUCAAAAAUCUGGAGUGGUAUUAUUAAUGUAGGUCAAUCUAACCCACAGCUUUUGAGUGUUUUCCUGGACAACAGUCGGGUGGUGGUGGGAAAUGGGAUUAGAAUUCAGUUUUGGACUGACUACUGGAUGGGGGCUUGUUGUGUCAAGAAUGAGUUUCCUAGGUUGUAUAGUCUCUCAACUAAAAAGGAGGUGUCUUUGAGAGUGGUGUCACAAAGGAAUGAAGCCUCACCUAGGUGGAUUUUCAAGUUUAGUAGAAGGUUAUUGGGUUGGGAGAAUGAUGAGCUUAGAAGGUUGAGUACCUUCUUGGAGCAGAAUCUGGUUGGCCUCUCGGAUAGGGAGGAUCGUCUUGGGUGGUUGGCAUCUCCUUCUGCUGAGUUUUCGGUCUCAUCUCUAUAUUCUUUGGCAGUGCCUUCAGCUCGAGUAGUGGUAACAAAGUUAAUCUGGAAUAAAUUUUCUCCCCCAAAGGUUCAAUUUCUCGUUUGGCUAGCAUGGAAUGGGAGACUAAAAACAGCUAGUUUUCUACAGAGGAUUGGUGUGUUGGAGCCGGAAGCAUCUGCCAUGUGUGUGUUUUGUCAUGAAGGGCUUGAAUCUGUAUUCCAUCUCCUUAUAUGGUGCCCGUUUGCUUGGAGAAUUUGGUGUGAUCUGAUGCAGUGGUGGGGAUUGACUUGCGUAAUUCCAAAAACAGUGGAAGGGAUUCUUAAUUGGUGGAGGGGCUUCAAGUGGAGAAAUAAUCUGAAUAUGAUCUGGCGAAUUAUACCAUUUGCGGUUUUGUGGUCGUUAUGGAAAUUCAGGAAUGAAAAAGUUUUCUGUGCAAGUCAAAUGCACUUGGAGGAGCUGUGUGAAUUAAUCAAGACAAGAAUUGCAUUGUGGGCCAAAUUCUACACUCAAGAUUGCUGUUACUCAGUGCAGCAGAUUAUCUGUAACAUUCAGGAGAUUCGGCUGGGAAAUGGUUAG